AUUUUGCACAAAAGAAGCGCCGAUUCCCGGAUAGUAGCAGUGGCAUUCUGUGUAGCUGAAAGUAUUCAAUUUACAAGCGUGUCUGUGGCAAUCUAGCCGUGAAGUAGCGACAGCGGAAAGUGCGGCAAGGAUACAUUUUCUGCCCAUCUGCAAGCUUAACGAUUUGGCGGGUGAUUGCUCUGCUAGGAAGCAGACAGAAGCUUCUGUGACAAUGGGUGAUCGCGGUGAUGGAGCUGAAGCAUUCGACGAUGCCGUGGAGGAGCGCGUCAUCAACGAGGAGUAUAAGGUGUGGAAGAAGAAUACUCCGUUCCUGUACGAUUUGGUAAUGACUCAUGCUCUCGAAUGGCCCUCACUGACGGCGCAAUGGUUGCCGGAUGUAACCAAACCGGAGGGCAAGGAUUACUCUGUCCAUCGAUUAAUCCUGGGAACUCAUACUUCCGACGAGCAGAACCAUUUGCUGAUUGCCAGUGUGCAGCUGCCGAACGAGGAUGCCCAGUUCGAUGCAAGCCACUACGACAAUGAGAAGGGAGAGUUUGGAGGAUUCGGUUCAGUGUCCGGUAAGAUUGAGAUUGAAAUAAAAAUCAAUCACGAAGGAGAGGUCAAUAGGGCUAGGUAUAUGCCGCAAAAUCCUUGUGUCAUUGCCACUAAAACACCAUCCAGUGAUGUACUGGUGUUUGAUUAUACGAAGCAUCCGAGCAAACCGGAACCGAGUGGCGAAUGCCAUCCGGAUCUGCGUUUACGCGGUCACCAGAAGGAGGGUUACGGAUUGUCGUGGAAUCCAAACUUGAACGGAUAUCUGCUGUCAGCUAGUGACGAUCAUACCAUUUGCUUGUGGGAUAUCAAUGCAACUCCUAAGGAGCAUCGGAUUAUCGAUGCCAAGAAUAUUUUCACUGGACAUACGGCGGUCGUUGAGGAUGUUGCAUGGCAUCUUCUACAUGAAUCACUGUUCGGUUCCGUUGCGGAUGACCAGAAACUGAUGAUCUGGGAUACCCGUUGUAAUAAUACGUCUAAACCAUCGCAUACAGUUGAUGCACACACCGCCGAGGUGAACUGUCUCAGUUUCAAUCCAUAUUCGGAGUUUAUCCUGGCCACCGGUUCAGCGGACAAAACCGUUGCUCUUUGGGAUCUCCGCAAUCUGAAGCUCAAACUGCAUUCAUUCGAAUCGCACAAGGACGAAAUUUUCCAAGUCCAGUGGUCUCCGCAUAAUGAAACCAUCCUGGCAUCGUCGGGAACUGACCGGCGGUUGCACGUGUGGGACUUGUCCAAGAUUGGCGAAGAACAGAGCGCCGAGGACACCGAGGACGGACCUCCGGAGCUCCUUUUCAUCCACGGUGGUCACACGGCGAAGAUUUCCGACUUCUCCUGGAAUCCCAACGAACCGUGGGUCAUUUGCUCGGUGUCGGAGGAUAACAUCAUGCAGGUCUGGCAAAUGGCGGAGAACAUCUACAAUGAUGAGGAACCAGACGUACCGGCUAGUGAGAUCGAAGCGGGCGCUCCGUAGGAGAAGACGUAAAUUUUAAGCCUACAAAAUUAUUUUAUUACAUUGUCACAAAGUAUCUAGAUUUAGAAUCGUAAUUCCAAAACGACAGAAUAGUAGCGAUUGCGGAAAUUUAGCGCGGAAAGGAAACCUUGUUCUGAUUACAGCUGCAUACAUAAGGAUGUGUUUUUACUGGUCCAUUUCAGUGAGGGCUGCAUAUUUGCUUCGGCAGCUACUAUUUUGUCAAAUAAAUCC